CGAGACAGGGGACAAGACAUACGGCAGACACCUGAAAGGGCCUCGAAAUCUUUGGGGAGGGAAAGGAGAGAGGAUAAAACAAAUAUUACAGUUUGUAUCUCGACUGAGGGAAGGAAUAAGAGAAGUAAAAGGUAGAGUUAAGUAGAGGGAAAAAAAGGUCUGCUGUGGAUCCUGGUCAGAACAGAGCUUCAUCAUGGCCACCUUGAAGGAGAAGAGGACCUGUGGGCAACGAUGUGAAGACUUUGGCCGUUUUAUCUGGAACUCCGACAAUGGGACGCUCAUGGGGAGAACGCCAGAGAAAUGGGUGUACAUCAGUCUGUAUUAUGUGGCCUUCUACGUGGUGAUGACUUCCCUCUUUUCUUUGGCCAUCUAUGUGCUCAUGUACACCCUGUGUCCAUACGCCCCUGACUACCAAGACCGGCUAAAAUCUCCGGGGGUGAUGGUGUGGCCGGACACUUAUGGAGAGGAGGUUAUUGACAUCAGCUACAACACAUCAGACAAGAAAAGCUGGAUGAAGAUGUCCAACAUCCUUCAUGACUUCCUGAAGCCCUACAAUGACACCAAGCAGCUUGAAUGUAACACACACAACUGUACUAAGGGAAAGUACUUCAUCCAGAAAACCUUCUCUGCCCCUGACCACACGAAGUGGGCAUGUCCCUUCACGCAAAGCAUGCUGGGAGCCUGCUCAGGACUUGAGGACCCGACCUUUGGCUACAACUGCAGCAUGCCUUGUGUCAUCAUUAAGAUGAACAGGGUCAUUGACUUUUUCCCUACUAAUCAAACUGACCUUCCCCCAUAUGUCAACUGCACCAUACUGGAGGGACACAACAAUGUGGCCAAAAUUGAUUAUUUCCCUGAAAGGGGAAUUAUGGAUCUCUCUUACUUCCCAUACUAUGGAAAUCUGGCGCAGCCUACUUAUGUCAACCCAUUGGUGGGUGUUCGGUUCAGCCUGGUCGGAGAGAAGCACGCCAAGAUCCAGUGCAGAGUGGUCGCCGACAAGAUUAGCUACGAAAACUACUACGACCCCUACGAAGGAAAAGUCACCUUCUACCUCAAAGCCAUGAAAUGAGAAACACAACAGAAGAUAUUAAAGAUAUCCCAUAAUCAUGUCAGAAUCAAAGACAGAGCAGGCUUCCACAGAUUAAUAGUGAUUCUGUUUAUUUAACAACCUUCAAACUACGUGUGUUCAACUUAACCCAACAGUAUAGGCCCACUUAAAUCUCUGUGCUGUGUGCUGCUUUUAUAAACUUGAUUUGUCUGAGUGAUUCAUGAACUUCUUUAUAUUCAGUUUUAGAUUUUCCCAUGAAAUACAGUAAAAUCUAUAAAUCUGAUGGACCUGUGAGAAAAACCUGUUGAGCAAUUAUGUUCUAAGAAGGCCUUGACAAAUGUAUUUAAAUGAAAUAAUAAAGUUUCUAAAUAAAAAAAAUCAUUCCAAUUUCA